CUCCAAUGCAGAGUACGGCUCCUCUCCUUGAUACCGAGCAGCCUUUCCACCCAGGGGAGAGAUUAGCUGCUCACCCAAGACCAGAGAGCAGCCCCUCCCCCACUGCAGAGUGAAAGCCCUCCCCCUGAGCAUAGUGCACCCCUCCCCCGUUGUAGAAACCACGCCCUAGACCCCGCCACUUGGGCAGAGAACAACCCCUUGCCCCAGGAAGAAGGACGGCCCCUCCCCCACCCUGUCUGUCGGAAAGCCCGAAUUGGUCGCUGUUGCCGAGGGCCCGGAAGGAGAGUGACGCAGCGUCAUCGUUCCGGCGGAUGUUGAACGGAAAACUUCAGAAUGCCAAAAGCACCAAAGGCUAAGAAAGGGCCAGAGCACAAGGUUAUCCAUCCAUAUAGCAGAAAGGCUGCCCAGAUGGUUCGGGAGACACAUAAACAGGAAAAGAAGGAUAAGAUAAAGAGUGGAAAGGCCAUCCGUCUAAACACAAUUGGAGAAAAACUGCUGUGGUUUCAAAGCCAGCUAGAGCCUAGCAAGACUGAGUACAGUAAGCAGGAAGCCUGUGAGAUAAUAGAAAGGUUCGAUACUGAGUUGGAGCAAAUUGAAUUGACGAAUAGCAUCAAAGGCAGGCAAGGAAGACAGCACGAGGCUCGGGAAGCCGUUCUCAAACACAGCAUUGAACGUGAGAGGAGUCUGUAUGAAGAAAAUGGAAUAGAGAUACCAGAUAUUAUCAAUGCAAAGCAUCUGAAAGUCUUCAGAGAAUGGGAUGGAGACCUAAGAAAGCUUCCAAAUGUGAAAAUGAAAAAACUCUCAGUAAAAGAUUCCAUUUCUAACCAGAGAAAAUGUGAAGAAGAAAAUGGAGUAAGCUUGCAGAACGAGAUGGAUCAAGAGCAUGUGUCAGAACAUUAAAGAAAGAGAAACAAGAAAAUGUCAAACUCUCGGGUGAAAAGUCGCUUGAUCAACUAUUGAGCAAUAUGAUCCAUGUGUUAGACGCUUGAGAUAUUCCUACUCAGGAUAUAUAUUCUCAAAGAAAUGCACAGCAAGCCUAAAUAUUGUAUUACCUAUGAAGUGGUUUCCUUCAGAAUCUGAGACUAAGAUUAUAAUUAAAUUAGCAAUUAUCAAAAACGUUUUUUAUAUUUAUAAAAGAAAGCUGGUCUAGAAAGUAAUACCUAUUAAAACAUGAAAGUGCUAGCAAAACAGAUGUUUCAAAUGAUCCUUUACUUCCUGCUAUCGUUGAGAAUUUUUAAAUCAUUUCUUCCCAUGUGAUUUUUAAACUUAAAAGUGAAGCUGCUCCUUCUCAUCUCUACCACAAUUUGGUAAAUGCUGGGAUUUGUUUUUGCAUUUAUACAUGGCUUAUUGUUAAUUUAAUAAAGCAUAGAUGAGAUUAUUAGUUUGCUCGAUAGGAAGUGGAGAAAACCAGAUAAAAUUUGUCAAUCUAUCCAAUAGCCUGGAUUUACUGAUUGGCAUUAUUGUGACAAUGGAAACUUAUUUAUUGCUACCAGCAUUCAAAUUUUGCUGAUAGACCCAGAGGUAGGGGUGGGGCUGUUGUAGUGGUGGUGUGGGGGAGUGAGGAGAGAAAGACUAGACUUAAAUCCAGUGGCUAAAAGAAUUCGAGCAUUGUAAUACCAGCCUUUUAUGGGCUAGAGAAGAAUAAGAAAGGGGAAGGAUUUUCAGAUGAAUAAGAAAUUGCCUUACGAGAACAGAUUUUCUUGCAACAUAAUUUUUGAGCCACUGUAUCCUGUAUUUGAAUUGUUGACUUGGUUUUGGCAGAAAUAUUCCAGCUGAUUUUGGAUCUUGCACUUCUGUUGCAGUAAGGUGAGAAAAAUAAGUUGAGCUCUUUCCUUUUUUUGUUUUGUCUGAUAAUGCUCCUGUGAAGUGCCUUGGGAUGUUUACUUUUUUAAAGCGCUAUAUAAAUGCAAAUUGUUAAAGGAAAAGAAACCUAAAAAAUUGCUUCUUUGAAAGGAAGUAAAGCUGGACUGAUAAUAAGAUUCUUGUGAAAUGGUUGCAUAAACAAACAAAAAAAAUUGUACAAUUUCUUCAGACUUUCUCACAUGCAGUUUUCUUUAAAAACUUCAGUGACCAGUCUGCUUAUAAUAGAAAAAAGUUGAUUGAAGUAAAAAGAGGGUGUAGGUGAGGGACAUGUAUUCAAACUGUUAAUGAGUAAGUGCAGGGCUGAUGCCAGGAAUCACUUAUUCAUGGGAAGAGUGAUUAAUAUUUGAACUGGUAUUAAAAAGUUGUUAGCAGAGCUGUUACCAUCUCCUCCAAAUUCUUUCAUCAACCUCGGACACAUGCCAUCAGGGCCCAAUGUAUUAUCCAUCCAAUUUCUACAUCAAAUAGAUUCCUUUUCCAUAGUUGGUACUCACAAAUGUUCCAUAUCCUUCUGUAGUGCAUCUGUACUCUCACUUUUUGUCGCAUUUGUAAAUAAAAGUACAAAGAUAAUGUAA